GUUUAUUUCUAUAUACGUCGUCGUUUCACAAAUCGUUUCCCAUCAUCGUCGGCGAAGCACUAAAACCCUAAUCGGAAACUCUCUCUCCGCCGUCACUCAUGGCGUUCUUCGACCUAAGCAUCCCCUACAGCUACCCAUCCCCAUCAGGCGGGAAAGAACUCAUCGUCCCAAACAAACUCCGCGUAAAGCUCGCCACCAAAGCCAUGGAGCUCGGCUACGUCGGAAUCGCGCACAGCCACUCGAUCGAAGGCGCAAUGUCGGAGAAAGACUCCUGCACGAUCCCUCUCCUCACCCUCGGAUCUCUCGUCAAGGCCGCUCCGCGACUAGCUUCCUCCGUCGCGUUCCACCGCGGCUUACUCAACGUCCCUCGAUCCACUCCGUUUCGGCAGUACACUCGCGUCACCGUGAUACUAGAGAGCAAGGCUCAGUGUCUGGCGUUGAACUCAGGGAAUCCGGUUUUGAAGAGCUACGAUAUCGUUGCGGUUAGGCCGAUGAAUCAGUACGCGUUCGAUCAGGCUUGUGCGAAAGCUGAGGUUGAUGUUAUCUCGAUUGAUUUCUCGAAUUUGCAGUUUCGGUUGAUGCAUCCGUUGGUUAAAGCUGCUGUUAAGCGUGGGGUUUACUUUGAGAUCAAGUACUCUCUUCUCUUGAGCGAUGCUGAGAAGAGGAGACAAGUUAUAUCCAAUGCUAAGUUACUGGUGGAUUGGACUAAGGGGAAGAAUCUGAUUAUAUCGAGUGGUUCUCCUUCAGUCACGGAACUUAGAGGUCCUAACGAUGUUAUUAAUCUCAUGUCAUUGCUUGGACUCUCUAGUGAGAGAGCCAGAGCUGCAAUUUCAGUUAACUGUAGGAAUAUGAUAGCCAAGGUUUUGAAGAAGAAGCGGUUUCACAAAGAAGCUGUCAAGGUUGAGUUGCUUUCUUCUAGUGCAACGUUUAGCCUCGAACAGCCUCUCUCUGGAGAUUGUAUGAAAUGGGAUCCUCUUUCGAGUGGCGAAGGUGACUUGCUUUUGGAAGAUCUCGCAAAGGCUUUUGAAGCCACCACACGUCCUGUGGCGCAAAAAGCGUUUGAUUUCACCUCUGAUCGUAAUGGCUUGCCGUCACGUGGUUUCCGGAUCGGUAAUAUUCUAGGAACUGAGCCUUUGACUCAGUCACCUGCGGCUAAGAUUAUUGACGGACCAGUUCUCUGUAAGAAUCAAGUUUCUGAAGUGUGUAUGGCUGAUUCAGUUUCAUCUGUUGAUAAUCUCGGGGAAAACGAAACCAUUAGCCAAAUUGACAUGCUGGUUUCUGAAGAUGACAACAAAGUGGAACCUACAACGAAUGUCCCACUGUCUAGCCAGGGACGGGGAGUUUUGGUGCAAGAUGAAGCAGCUGCAUUAUUUUCAUUGAUAAGAUGUACAGAGUCAGAUGCAGCUUCUGAUGUUAACAUGCAGACUGAGUUGGAUUCUGAAGAUAAAUCAAUGUCGCUAUCAAAAAGUGAUCACGGGAUCCAACAAAGUCAUGUUGAAAAUUUAAACAUGGAAACUAUUGGUGUUGAUGAUGAAUUCCCAGUGGACGGAGCCAACAAAGAAGGAGCUGGUUUUUGUCAUGCUAAUAUUGAGCAACCUACAUCCUCUGGUGUUGAUGAGAUGAAAAUCGAUGGUUCUUUGGAAGCGAAUCACAACGAGUACAUGGAGGUGACAGUGGAAGACGUGACGCAUGAAACAGGUGACAAUAAUAUUAUUCUUCCUAACUUAUCCUCCUCUGAGACUACCGAAUUACUAAGAGAAUCGAGUAACUCUCUCAUCAGUCCAGAGGCGGUUGGACAAGACCAUGACCAAUUAUCAAGGUUAGAGUUCAGUGAGACAGAGCUUGGGGAAGAGCCAUCGGUUCAAUACGAUAUAACCAUGGAAGACAAGAAGGAAACCGAAACUAAUCAACAAGCCCAUGUCAAGUACAAUGCCAGAAACUCAGGUAAGGCACGAGCUAAGAGGAGUUGGGUUAGAUUAACGAUACUACAACCUUUGAAGCCUUUUCUACUACAACGUUUCAAACGAAUUAGUAAAAGAAGAAAACAUAUAAGAGCUUGAUGAUUCUUAAACGAUAGAGAAGUUUUGUUCACUGAUUUACACCCACGCAAGUCUCGUGGUAUUAUUAUUGAACCGAUCAUCAAAGUGGGGGAAGAGAAAUUAUAAUUUAUUCUUUAAAGUUUAGAGUUGGUUUCUUCGUAUACUCGUGUUCAAGAAAAAAACACUAUUAACUAAAAUACUAAAAAGAAAAAAAAGGUGAGAAAAAAAUGCUAAGAGUGGAGAGUCGGUAAAUCCACCGCCGGCCGACAAAAGUCGAAUACACGGUCGCCGGAGGGCCUACAUCUCCCUCCUUAGCCUUUGUUAAAGAGCUACUUUGUUUAAACUGAAACAUCCCAAAUUGUGUAAUAAAUAAGACAAUUGAUGUUAGGUUGAUUACUUUGGUUUAGUUUAUACGAGUGGAACCUUCUUUGGUUUCUUAAGGAUGAAUAAGGUAUUAAAUGUAUGCUUGCUUUUGGAGAUUGCUAGUACUUUGUAGCACGAUGAGUAAUCAACGUGAGAGUAAUGAAAUCAUCAAAGUAACAUGACCAUGUUCAUUACAUGAUUUCGAUGCUAAAAGUCAUCAACUUUUUACUUUCUGAUUAUUUUUGUAAAUCAAGUUGGGAAAAGAAAAUUUGAACCGUUAAGGAACAUAAUAAACUACGAAUAAACUAUUUACGAGCCCAUACGUGUUAAUGAUAUGGAAUGAAUAAUUUGUUUCAGUAGGGAACAAACUGGAGUUCUACAUAACUCAUAACACGCAGAUUACUAAAUUUAAAUAUAAAACAUAACGAGGGUGAUUGGUUGGAGUAGAAACUUUACCAUAAAAUUUAUGUUGUAGAAUUUUUUUAUUUAGUUGUAAGCGACGUAGCUUUAAAAUUGAUUUUUUACAGCAAAAAAAAUGAGGCUUUAGAAAAUAAAGUUUUUAUAACUAUUUUUCAUUUUUUUUUGUAGCUUUAAAAAUAAGAUAAAGCAUGACUGGUGAUUUAAAGACUGUAAAUUAAUAUUAAAGUUAAAGUCAGCUUAUACAGUUCAAAAUAUAACAUAAAUAUUAAUAGAUAUAAAAAAUUGUAAACUGGUUUUGUUAUUCUGCAAAAUAAUUUUUGAAAUAUCUUAAUUUGGUGUAAAAAUACUACACAAAUUUAUACCAGUUUAGUUAUAAUACAAAUCGGACAAAGGGCUAAUUCUAUUUCUUUUCCAAAAAGUUUUAUACUAGUUAUAUUUUAAUAUAAGUGAUAAGCGAUGCUUAAAAAAUCACAUUCGUUAUUAGAUAAAACCUGUCAUAAUUCAUCACACUAUCAUUUUCAGGUAUUAAUAUACGAUCUUAUAGCCAGAGGUUUUGCUUUAAAUAUCUAUACUAUUAAAAGAAGAAUACAAAAAAAAAUAGUCCUAAAUUUUCCUUAAUAAUUAUAAUCUUAUGCCACUGAAUUAUUAAUGGUCUUUUGGUCAUUUAACAUAAUGAAAUAUCCAAGUUUAAUUAUACUCAACCAUUAAUGCUGAUAAACCGGAUUGCAAUGGCUUCUCUCUUCCCUCCUCAAUGAAAAAUCUCUUCUUAUUUUCAUAUAUUAACAUCGGAUUUCAUUUCCGAUUAAUGUUUUCUUCUGUUUUUUUAUUUGUUUUUUCUCUUUGAAAUUAGAUUUUCUUUCGAUCUCUUGAAAAAUCUCUCAAAAAGAUCGAUCUUUUGUUUUUAUUUUGAUUAAAAGAAUCUUCCGAUUUGAAACAUAGUUCUAAGUCUCUAUGCCAAUCUAUCAAAGAGGUGUUUAGUUUAAUCAGACGACGUCUCUCUAGCGGGGGAGUAAAGUCACCUUCACUUAGGCAUCAUGUCUUCUUGAUUAGUAUGGGUUAUUGGUGGAUCAUUUUAAUUGGUUCGUUGGGAGUAAGUUUCCUUUUAGUAGUUAAUAAUUAAACUGAUUUAUGUUUUAGGUUUUGGUUUAGAUCGAUAGAGGAUGUUGAAGAGAUUUAGAAAGCCUGGCCAAGAUGACGAUAUACGACAAUGGUUUUUUUUCCGGUGAUGAAGUGCGACAGAGAAAAGUUAGAGAGGUGUACCACUAAUCAUGAACUGCUUAACCAAAAUUGAAAUGGUUAUGUUUAUUUCAUUUGCAAUUUUUAUUUUGGGUCAUUCGGCUUAUGUUUAAUUUCAUUUUGAGCUAUUGGGCUCAUUCACAAGCUAAUGUAUCUGCAACGGUUUCAGAUAUUUGUACCAAAAGUAAUCAUAUUAUCAGAUUCA